AUGAGCCAGAAAAUUAUCAACCCUUCCACUUCUGUGGCUCCAGCUAAGCAUUCGGAUUCAACGGGCUAUGACUACACGAUUGGGCCCCAGCAAACGCUGCCCAAUGCUCCCAGUCUGUCUAAAGCCACCACGUCUCUUCCGUCAGUCUACAACGAAUCACUCCAUGCCAGUGCUCGAAAUCCCCAGGUAUCACUAGCUGCGUAUGCCUUUCUCUUUCAAGAACUCGUAACUCAGGCACGCAAUGCCAGCAAAUCCGUGUCCGAGAUAGAGCUUCGACUUCAUCGCAACGGAUACCAUCUGGGGAUUCGUCUGUUAGAAUUGCUCAAUUUUAGGAGCAGUGUUAGCCCAGGCUCAAAAAAUUUCUUCAAGCCUGGCAACUCGUCUCAGGGCGUCAACGUUGCGUCUUCUGCAUUCCAGGAGGACUCGCUGGCUCAAGGAAUCGCUAACAUGAAGCGUAGAGACCUCAGAAUGGUCGAAAUUCUGCAAUUUAUACACGGUACGGUAUGGUCGUACUUAUUUGGGCGUGUUGGUGACGACCUUGUGAAAUCUUCAGAGCGCGAGAACGAGUUCAUGAUAAUUGACAACUCGCCCUUGCUCACGCGAUUCAUAAGCUCUACAAAUGUGCAAUGUGAUUUUUUUGUAUGUGGAAUCAUUGAAGGUAUAUUAGAUUCUGCUAGUUUUCCUUGUAAUGUCACAGCACAUUCAGUGCCAGAACAAAACUUUGAUCAAAAAGUGGUCUUUGUGGUGCGAUUUGAACCACAAGUGCUCGAGAGAGAAGCGCUUAGAUCCUAG